UGGGAGCGGGGUUGGAGGUGGAUAACUUCUCUUGGCCUUCACGUCAAAAAGGCUGGUGCCCGAACCAUGGUCAAGAACUUUGGCAUUCUUUCUAUAUGCGUUGUUAUUAGCACUUUUAGGCGUUUUCUUUUUUUUGUAGCCUACUGUCAUUUCAAAUGUGAUACAUGGAUUAAUUGAGAAUGUCUAUUGUUUAAUAGUGUGAUAACCUUACUGGAAACUUUCUGGAAUGGAUUUGGUCUUGAUCUUGGCAUCAGUGACAUUGCUGUCUCUUUACUUUUGGCUCAAAAGAGAAGAUCGACGUCUGCCGCCAUAUCCCAUCAUGCCCUUACCAAUAGUUGGACAUAUGUUUGAAUUAGCUUCUGAUCUUAGGUCAAAGUUCAAACAAUGGCGGGCGAAAUGCGGCGAUAUCUUUUGCCUAAAAAUUGGGUCAAAGUUCAUGGUGGUGCUCAACGGCUAUGACCUUCUCAAAGAAGCCUUCGUACAAAAAGCAGACGACUUCUCAGAUCGACCGCUGACCGUUUUGGACUUGGUCACAGGAUUACAUCACUAUGGCAUCAUUACAAGUUCUGGAAAAGUCUGGAAGGAGCAACGAGCCGUCGGGUUACAAAUCCUUCGAAAUUUCGGACUUGGAAACAAUGUAUUAGCGGAUAGAAUACAGAACGAAAUAUCCUACUAUAUCGAACAUUUGUCUGAGAAUACGGUGAAACCCGUUGACAUUCACUUGAUCACCUAUGUCAGCGCUUCCAAUAUUAUUUGCUUUAUAUUGUUUGGACAUAGAUUUGAAUACACUGACCAACUGUUUCAAAAAGUGGUGACCAACGUGUCACUAUUUGUGGACAAUUUUCAAAUUAACAGUGCCAUUCUUUUUAUUCCUGCCUUACGACAUCUGCCCGGAGAUUUGUUUAGAGUCAAAGAGUCUAAGCAAGUUGUCAAAGAAAUGUUCCAAUUUUUUGACUCUUGUAUUGAAAAGUGUCGUAAAGGGGAGACUGGGGAAUGUUUCAUAUCAGAAUAUCUCAAAGAACAGGACAAGAGAGUUAAUAGUGGCAUUGAAACAUCCAUGGAUGAAAAUCAUUUGAAAAGAAAUCUGUUUGAUUUAUUCUUAGCUGGAACAGAUACUACCUCUAACACCAUCUAUUGGUUUGUACUUUAUAUGUUGCAUUAUCCAGAUGUUCAGAAAAAAAUAUUUGAUGAAAUCAAUGAGCAUGUUGGAACAGACAGAAUACCUAAUAUCCUUGACAAACAGAACCUGACGUAUUUGAACGCAGCUAUAAUGGAGACUCAGAGAAUCUCAAGUAUUGCCGCGAACUCUCUAGCCCACACUUGCCCAAGGGAUGUAAUCUUAAGGGGUUACACAAUACCUAAGGGGACCUUUGUCGUACCUAGUGUAGACUCCGUGUUUUAUGACGAGAAUAUUUGGGGAAAAGACGUCAUGACCUUUAGACCGGACAGAUUUAUUGACCAAGAUGGAGAACUGCUGAAUCCGGAGGAGUUUAUUCCGUUCAGCUUGGGAAAACGAAUUUGUUUAGGAAAAGCCAUGGCCAACGUCGAACUUUUUCUCUAUCUGGCCAACAUGCUUCAAAAAUUUGAGUUUCGACCAGUGGAUCCUGCUCAGCUCCCUACAUUGAACUAUGUGUUCGGGCAGACAGUAUAUCCUACAAAGUAUCAGCUAUUAAUCGUAUCUAGAUUCGGUUAAAUCCAAGCAACUAUUGUGUAGACGAUUGAAGGUGGACUUUAAAUAAGAUCGGUCAUGUGUAUAUGUGUUAAGGUUGAGACCAAAUGCUCCUAGCACAAAUUGUUGCUGCAGUCCAUACACAUCUCACAAAGGCGCUGGGUCUGUUUCCACUCUAUAUUUUUAUUUCAUUAAAAUAAUGCACAGAAUCAUGUCCCUUUAUCCCCUUGUAGUCUUGAGUGUUUUGUUUUGGCAAAAGUUUCCUUUCAUAAUACAUGACUUAGUCAAAGACGUCACUACCUUUUCUAAACACAUGACUUUUAAAAGCAUUUCUCUCCCUUUUCCUAACACUUAUAUUGCACGAAGAAUUCUUCUAUAACUUUGACUAACGUACUUUUAAUGAUCUGUUGAACGAAACACACGGAAUCCACUACACUAAAUUUGUAACAUAGAUCAGAUCUAUUCAUGUUUAUAAAGUAUUUAUGUAUAUUCCCACAACCAAUGGAAUGAAACAAAUAAAACAUUGAAAAAGG